ACAGAGGCGGAGGCUGCCGGUGGUCCGCUCUGAACAGCUGUGUCAGAUGGUUGCUGCUAUGAAAGGACACUGACUUGAUAGGAAUGAAUGCCAGGAAAAGAGGCGGAAAGCCAAACAGAGGAGGGGGGAGAUUUAACAAGCCAAGAGGAGGAGGUGGAAGCGGAAGAGGUGGAGGUGCAGGUGGAGGUGGAAGCAGGAAAGGAGCAGCCGGCUGCUGGGAUGAUGGAGAUGAUUUCAGCCUUGAUUUAGGACCCUCACAUUCCAGCAGAACUGGCAAGGGACGUGGUGGCAGCCGUGGUGGCAGCCGUGGUGGAAGGGAUGGGGCACGAGGACGAGGAGGCAGAGAUAUGAACAGGGACAGAGGCUCAGAUAGUAAUAGAAGCAGCAAGGCUCUCCCAAGGUCCCUGGUAAGGAGCAGACCAAGCCUCAAAUCAGGUGAUAGUAUCAGACCAGAGGUGAGCUCCAUGCCGUUGCAGAGGAUAUUCAUGACUAACGAGAACCAGGAACAACUCAAGGAACUAUUGCGGGAAUUGCAGACUCAAGACUUUGACCCUUAUGAUGAAUCUGGUUCUGAUUACUCGGGGGAAGAAGAGAAUGAAGAGGAGUAUGACGAGCUGGACCACCGUGAGGAAGGGCAGUUCUGGGCCACUAAUGAUGAUCCUGUAGAGGGAGCAGAGAGCCCUAUAUAUGAGCCAGAGUCUGACGAUGAAAGACGCACUUCUGAACCUGUUAUCUCUUUAUUUGCUAUAGGAAAACUCUGCAGGUAUGGAUUUGACAGAGAGCGCAGCAAACGGGCACUUGAGUCUGGCGAAGGGGAAUUUGGGGCCACUUUGGAGCAACUCCUUCACCAAGUUUUCACUGAGCGUUAUGGCCAGAAAUCAGUUUCACCUGAUGGCCUUGAUGUAGUGCCUAUGGAUGAGUGUUUAAGCCAGAGGCAAGAAGAAGCUCUGGCGUUAGCUGCAAUUUAUGGUGAGCGCUUUAGUGAGCGUAUUGCCAAUGCAGUCUGGACAGUAAGUCUGGACCUCUCGUUCCUAUCGAACAGUGUUUUCAAGAAUAGCAGGAAACAAAAUAAUGAAAAAUCUAUUAGCAUCCGUGAUGUCUGCAGAUUCUACCUGAAAGGACAAGGCUGCCGUUUUGGGGACAAAUGCAGGUUCAAACAUCAACUCCCUACCAAAGGGACAUCUGCGGACGGUUCCCCUGAACUGAAUGGUCCAAGUCAACCUGGGUUCAGCAGCUAUUCCCCUCCUGAGUAUGAGCUCGAAAUCCGUUUCCCCAAAGGAAACCGUUACCCCUUUCAGGCCCCAAUAGUUGCCUUCAGUACUAAUGACGAGUCUGUGUUGGGUUCAGGGAGGCUCAGUGUGACUGAGAGAUUAUAUGGAGAGGCAUUGGCUGCAGCAAAGAGCAGUGAACCUGUUGUUUAUACUCUCAUCACCUUGUGUGAGGAUGAAGCCACCAUGAAGGAACUGCUGACUGUAAGUCAUCACAAAUAUAGCACACCACCCCCUGUUGUGGUAGUCCCACCACCCUCUCUCACCAUCACAAAGAGUAAGAGUGUGAGGAGCAAUACAUCUGAAGAAAGCAGGAGUAGUAGUACAAGCAGCAGUGUUCAUGCAAACUACAGAAGGACUGCUCCACCCAACAACCAGAGGCCCAGGGAUUUUAAAGAGACUGAAGACACUGAGGAGCUGGAUGAGAGGGACGAAGAAGAUGAAGACCAGGCUAUUCCAGUGGAAAGUGAGAGUUAUGUUAAUCUGAGGAAGAGGAUGGUCAGUAAGCACAACCUGAAAAUAGAAAACCUGCUGCAAGAAAAUGGCAAACUGUGCAGAGAAUUUCAGAAGAAACAGUCAUCGAGGCGUUUCAGGUCUAUGCUGGAACAGAGGAGGAAGCUGCCAGCUUGGCAAGAAAAAGACAACAUCCUAGACUUGUUAGAGCAAUGCCAGGUGCUGGUGGUCAGCGGGAUGACUGGGUGUGGUAAGACCACACAGAUCCCUCAGUUUAUUCUGGAUGCCUCCUUAAGAGGUCCUGCAGACCAGGUGGCCAACAUCCUCUGUACUCAGCCACGUCGCAUCUCAGCUAUCUCUGUGGCUCAGAGGGUGGCACAGGAGCGUGCAGAGAGUCUGGGUAAUACAGUGGGAUACCAGAUCCGUCUGGAAAGUGUCAGGACAUCUGCCACCAGACUGCUGUACUGCACCACAGGAGUGUUACUGAGGAGGCUGGAGGGUGAGGUGGACCUCAAGGGCAUCACACAUGUUAUUGUGGAUGAAGUGCAUGAGCGAACAGAGGAAAGUGACUUCUUGCUAUUGGUGCUCAAAGAUCUGACUGUCCAGAGGCCAGACCUGAAGAUCAUUCUAAUGAGUGCCACACUCAAUGCCAACCUUUUCUCAGAGUAUUUCUACAACUGUCCCACUGUCCACAUACCAGGACGUACUUUUCCUGUUGACCAGUUUUUUCUUGAAGAUGCCAUUUCUAAAACAGGCUAUGUCAUUGAGGACGGCAGCCCUUAUAUGCGCUCGGGAAAACAAAAUAUGUCUUCUGCAAGUGGACGUGGAGGCAAAGUAGAGCAAAGGGACAUUGUGGACGAUUUGGGUGAUGAUGUUUGGAACUUCAUGUCUUUCUGCAAGAAAGACUUUGUGAAAGACUCCAUUCCAGACCAGCAGCUCAGCUUACAGGAGCUCACAGUCCGAUACAAAGAUACUAAGAAGUCUGUACUGAAAACUAUUGCUGCAAUGGACCUGGAUAAGAUCAACAUGGACCUGAUAGAGAACCUGCUCGAAUGGAUUGUUGAUGGAAAGCACAACUACCCACCUGGAGCAGUGCUGGUGUUUUUGCCAGGACUUGCUGAAAUCAAGAUGCUGUAUGAGCAGCUCCAGUCUAACAGAAUGUUCAACAACAGAGGUGCAAAAAGGUGUGUGGUUUACCCCCUCCACUCAACACUGUCCAAUGAGGAGCAGCAGGCAGUUUUCAGCCGGCCCCCGGAGGGCGUCACGAAGAUCAUUAUUUCCACUAACAUUGCAGAGACUUCAGUAACCAUUGAUGAUAUUGUAUAUGUCAUCGACUCAGGCAAGAUGAAAGAGAAAAGGUAUGAUGCAUCUAAAAGCAUGGAGAGCCUGGAGGACUCGUGGGUUUCUCGGGCCAAUGCGCUGCAGAGGAAAGGUCGAGCAGGUCGCGUGGCCUCAGGGAUCUGCUUCCACCUCUUCACCAGCCACUGCUUCCAACAUCAGCUGGCUGAACAACAGCUGCCUGAGAUCCAGAGAGUCCCCCUUGAGCAGCUCUGCCUCCGAAUCAAGAUCCUGGACGUGUUCGCUGAACAAACUCUGGAUUCUGUCUUCUCUCGACUUAUUGAGCCCCCAGCGACAGGGAGCUUGGAUGCAGCCAAACAGCGUCUGCAGGACCUAGGAGCUCUGACUGCUGAUGAGAGUUUGACCCCGCUGGGCUACCACCUGGCCUGCCUGCCUGUUGACGUGCGCAUUGGGAAACUCAUGCUGUUUGGAGCCAUAUUCCGCUGCCUCGACCCAGCACUCACUAUUGCAGCCAGUCUGGCUUUCAAAUCACCAUUUGUAUCUCCAUGGGAUAAGCGAGAAGAAGCCAAUGAGAAGAAACUGGCCUUUGCUCUGGCCAAUAGUGACCAUCUAUCACUGUUACAGGCAUACAAGGGAUGGUGCUGCGCUGCAAAGAGUGGCAACCAGGCUGGCUUUGUGUACUGCAGGGAGAACUUUCUGUCAUGGCGAGGCUUACAGGAGAUCGCCAGUCUGAAGAGGCAGUUUGCUGAGCUUUUGUCUGACAUUGGAUUCAUUAAGGAGGGACUAAGGGCCAGGGUAAUCGAGCGCAUGUCCUCUAAGGGCACUGAUGGGGUUCUGGAGGCUACUGGUCCUGAGGCUAACCUGAACUCAGACAACAUCCGCCUGAUGUCUGCUAUGCUAUGUGCUGCCCUCUAUCCCAACGUGGUCCAGGUGCGUGCUCCUCAGGGGAAUUACAAGAUGACCAGCAAAGGAGCAAUGAAGAUGCAACCCAAAGCCAAUGAGCUUCGUUUCAUGACCAAGAAUGACGGCUAUGUCCAUGUGCACCCCUCCUCUGUCAACUACACAGUUCGCCACUACACCAGCCCAUACCUGGUUUACCACGAGAAAGUGAAAACCAGCCGUGUUUUCAUCAGAGACUGCAGCAUGGUGUCUGUUUACCCUCUGGUGCUGUUCGGAGGUGGUCAGGUCAAUGUGGAGCUGCACAAGGGAGAGUUUGUCAUCUCUCUGGAUGAUGGAUGGAUUAGAUUUGCUGCUGCUUCUCAUCAGGUGGCUGAGCUGGUGAAGGAGUUGCGCUGGGAGUUGGAUCAACUGUUGGAGGAUAAAAUCAAAAACCCGGUCAUGGAUCUGUGCAGCUGCCCCCGUGGCUCCCGCAUCAUACGCAUGAUCGUCCACCUCAUUUCUACGCAAUAGCCCAGCAGCUUAAUGCCCCUCUGUGACCCUUUACUACCCCUAAAGGGCUUACAGGACAUGCAUGCAGUAUAAAUAUCUGCUCCUACAUCACUGCCACACAGUGACUUUGAUAUGUUGGAAACUGGUUGAAAUUCAUAUUAUAUCAGCAGGGCACGUAUUGUACUGGAAGUGAGAUCUUGUGCUUCUGCCACCCGACACUUCAUAAGUAUCAGUUUACACACAGCUGUUAUUGUAUUGCUGCACCAGGGUUUUUAAAGCAGAAUUUGCCUUGGGGGGGGUGAAAAAUAUGGCUCUAUGCAGUUUACCCACUGUCCUUCAGUGCAGGUAUUGCUGGAGUAAGGCAUUUGUCACUGUAGUUUUCUAUGCUGGCAACAAUGAAAUGCAACACCAGAACAGGUCUUGUAUUUGGUGCCAUCCUACUACUGUAUGAUUAGUAAUUUGGCACACAGUUGAUUGUUAAACUUAGUGGAAACAGAUGUCAUAAUUUGUUUACAGUACAUUUCUGGGUUGUGUUCUGCACACAACUGAAAGUUUUGUGUCCAUAUUGGAUUUAUUAUAUUCCAGGUGACUGUGUACUUCGUACUGGUUCUGAGUAUGUAUUAUUAAUGCAUGAUUGAGAAGAGCUUCUGCAUGGUAUUGACUUAUUUUACAUUUGCUGAAUGUACUUAAAUGUUAAAGUGAUGUCAAAACUCCACUUUCACAAUGUGAAUGCAAGGGCUUUUUAAAUCAGGAGUAUUUGGUAAUAGUUGCCAAAGAAUUUGAGAGCUUUUGUCUUAAGAAAUAAUGAAUUUCACUUCGCACUAAUAAAAAUAAAAA